AUGGGAGGUUGCUGUUCUUCAUCUAGAAAGCUGCAGCUUCAAGGAACACCAGUUUAUUAUUAUUACCCACCAGCUUUGGAAGAGUACCAAUCCUUAACAUCUCGAGAUGGUUCUGCCACUACUCUACUUAACUCUCGACUGACAUUUGAUUUCGAUCCGAACAUGUCGAUACCCGACACUUUCCGACCCCCGCCUGCACCCAUGCCUUACGAUGUGGUAUUUGGGAGCCCACAUUUUAAAGAAGCGAAUCGGGCUACCACUCAACUUGCCUUUUUUCCGAACUCUCAAAGGAAAGUUGGGCCCGGGCCCGAAUUUUCAAUGUUAAGCCCGUUAAAUGUUACGAAAAUGGAAGAAAAAGAGGAGGAAGAAGAUGUUUGUCCCACUUGUCUUGAAGAGUACGAUUCGGAGAAUCCUAAGAUUGUGACCAAGUGUAACCAUCAUUUUCACCUCUCGUGCAUACUCGAGUGGCAGGAAAGAAGUGACACUUGCCCCGUCUGCGAUCAGGAAAUGAUAUAUGAAAGCCCAUUGGGAGUCCCACGCCACAAUUAA